AUGGAAGUUGAGUGUAUGAGAGCUUGCAUGAGAAAGCUCGCAAUUUGGUACACCCCCAAUUUCAAGCCUAUCACUAAUCACGAUGAGCUUGAUCGCAUCAUGUCUACCCUCGGUUUUCUCUCUCUACCACCAAUUUCCACCACUACCGCCUCAACCUCCGCCUGGAAAGAGUACACCUUUUCUGCCGCCGGAAUUUUUCUUUCCAAAUCCCCCUCUCCGCCGCGCCCUCGCCUUCCAUAUCCCAGAAUUGACGGCUUACAUGUCAACACCUACCACGCGUUUUUGGAUUCCGUCAAUUUUUACCUCCGUAUGCACAACAUAUCUGAUAUUUUCCAUAUUCGGGGAAUGCCAUUGCACCAUGUCCAUGACAGAAACCAGAAAUGGUCGAGAAUGGUUGGAGAUGAUUUGGUUUAUGUGUACAGAGAGGGAACCAUGGAGUUGUCACCAACAAACAAAAAUGUUGUCCAAAACAAGGAUCAGAAUCCAGUUUUGUGCAUUGUUCCAUGGACUAACAUCAAUGACAAGAUGUUAUAG